AUGACGGCAAGAUCUCCUAAAAAAGACUCGGAGAUAAGUGUGAAGGAGUUGGGAGAAAGAAUGGGAGAAAUGAUGGAGGAAUUUAGGGCAGUGAGAGAAGAGCUAAGGGAGGGUUUCAAGGAGCAGGGUAGGAAGAUGAGAGAAGAGAUAGAGGAUCUGAGAAGGGAGUUUAGGGAGCGUGAGAAGAGAUGGAAAGAGGAGAGGGAAGAGACAAAUAAGCAGAAGGAGAAAAUGGAAGAAAGAAUAAGGAGAUUGGAGGAAAAAAUGGAAGAGAGGAAGGAGGAGAAGAAGGAGGAGGAAAGAAACGGCAGAGGGGAGGUGGGGGAGAAAAUGAGAGAGCUGGAGAGAAGGCUGGAAAGGAAAGAAAAGGAGGAGAGAAGAAGAAACGUUGUAAUAAGAGGGCUGGAAGUAAAAGAAGGAGGGAGGAGAGAAAAUGCAGAAAAGUUGCUUGAAGGAAUAGGAGCGAAAGUAAAGGUUACAGAGGUGAAGAGAAUAGGAGCUGGGUUGGAAAAUAAAGAUAAGGAUUUUUGGGAAGGGCUGAAGAAAGAAGAUGUGUUAGUCAUGUUAGAGACCUGGAUAGGAGAAAAGGGUUGGGAAAGAAUAAGGGGGAGACUUCCAAAAGGGUACGAGUGGGGGGUGCAAAUGGCGAAGAAAAAGAACAAAAAAGGAAGAGCAAUAGGAGGGAUGAUAAUGGGAAUAAGGAAAGGAUUAAAAGAAAAGGGAACGGCAAUAGAAGUAGAGAGGGAGGGUUGGAUUGUGGGAAAGGUCAGAACAGGUGGCGAGAACUGGAAUAUUAUAGGGGUGUAUGCAAAGAAAGAGGGGAUGGAGGAGAUCGUACAGGAGUUAGGAGAUAGAAUGGAAAAGAAAGAAGAAGGAAGGUAUACGAUAAUUGGGGGAGAUUUUAAUGCGAGGACUGGUCAAGAAGGUGGGAGGAUAGAGGAAGAGGAGGGAGGAGGACUGGGAGAAGGAAGAAGAUCGAAGGACAAGAAGGUGGACAAAGAGGGGAGGCUGUUGGUAAGGAGCUUAGAGGAGAGAGGAUGGGAGAUAUUUAAUGGAAAUGUGAGAGGGGACGAGGAGGGGGAGUUUACUUUCACGGGGGGAAGAGGAGGUACGGUGAUUGAUUACAUAAUAGGGGAAGGAGAAGUAAGAGAGAAGAUAGUGAGCAUGGUAGUGGGGGAGAGAAUAGACUCGGACCAUCACCCAUUGGAAAUAGAAGUAAGAAGAGGGGAAGAGGAGGAAGGCAGGAGAGGAGGGUGGAAGAAAAGAAGAAGGGGGGUGUGGAACGAGGAAGGAACAAAGAGGUUUAGAGAAAAAAUAGGAGAGGUGGAAGAAAAAGAAGAAGAGUUGAAUAAGGAAUGGGAAGAAAUGGAAACAAGAAUAACAGAGGCAAUAAAAGAAGUAGAGGAGGAGCUGGGAAAUAAGAAAGGGAAGGUGGGAUGGUGGGAUGAGGAAUGUCGAGAAGCGAAGAAAGAGACAAGGAGAAAAUUAAGGGAUUGGAGGAAGAAAAGAGGAGAGGCCAGUGCGUACAAGGAAAGGAGGAAAGAAUUUAAGGAGAUAUGUAAGAGAAAGAAGGAAGAGGAGAACCAGAGAUGGGAGAGAAAAGUGGAGGAAGCAAGGAGGGAGGCGGAGGUAUGGGAGAUAGUGAAUAGGGAGAGAAGACAAAGGAGGGGAAUAGAGGAAGGAAUAGAAGAGGAGGAAUGGAAAGAGCACUUUAUGAAGUUAUUAGGAGGAGUAGAGGGGAGGGUGUACACGGCUAUUCUGGCGGAGAGGAUAAGGGAGGAGAUAGAGGGAAAGAGAAUGGUACCGCACAACCAGACAGGUUUUAGAAAGGGAAUGGGAACGAUAGACAACAUUUACGUGUUGAACUACAUGGUGAACAGAAGGUUAGAGAAGAAAGGGGGAAAACUAAUAGCAUGCUUUGUGGACCUUAAGGCGGCGUUCGAUUCGGUGGAUAGAGGAAUAUUAAUAAAAGCUAUGAGAGAAAGGGGAAUAAGGGAAGGACUGGUGAGAAGGACGGAAGAGAUGUUAAGAGAGACGAAGAGUAGGGUAAGAGGAGGAAACGAAUUGGGAGAAGUAUUCUGGACGGGGAGGGGAGUAAGGCAGGGAUGCCCUUUGAGCCCGAUUCUGUUCAAUGUGUUGCUAGCAGACCUGGAAGAGGAAAUGGGUAGAGUUAAAUGGGGAGGGAUAAGGCUAGGAGGCAAGAGGGUGUAUACUCUGGCCUAUGCGGAUGAUAUAGUGCUAAUCGCGGAGGACGAGGAUCAAAUGAGGAGUCUGAUAGAAAGACUAGAGGGGUACCUGGGCAGGAAGAGAUUGGAAUUGAACGUGGGGAAAACAAAAAUAAUGAGGUUUAGGAAAGGAGGAGGGAGGGACAGUAAGAGGAAGUGGAGAUGGGAAGGAAAAGAGUUAGAAGAGGUGAGGGAAUUUCGGUAUUUAGGAUACGUGUUUCAAAGAAAUGGAGGGCAGGAAGCCCAAAUAAGGGAAAGGAUCAAAAAGGCGGCCGCAGUGAUGGGAAAAGUAUGGGGGAUAGGGAAGAGGAGAUUCGGGAAAGACUGGGGAAAAAGACUGUGGCUGUUCGAUAGACUGGUGUGGACGGUGUUGAGUUAUGGAGCGGAAAUAUGGGGAUGGAGAGAAAGGGAAGGAAUGGAAAGAAUGGAAGAAAGGUACAUUAGAUGGGUAUUGGGAGCGGAUGUGAGAACACCGUGGUAUUUAGUGAGGGAGGAGUUACAAAGGGAGAAAUUAAGAGGGAGAGCAGGAAUGAGGGCAUGGAGAUUUGAGAAAAAGUUAGAGGAAGGUGGAGGAAGUGAAUUGGCGAGGGCUGCCUGGGAAGAGUUGAAGGAAAGAGAGAGGGAAGGGAAAGCUGGCUCAGAUUGGGAAAGAGAGAGAGGAAAGUUCUUCGAAGACAGAGGUGUGGGGUUAAAAGAGGUGGAAAAGAUGAGAGGAGAUGGAGACGAAUGGUUUCUUAAAUUGUUUGAAGGGGAUAGGGAGACGCAGAGGAGAGAGAGAUGGGAGAGGAUCGAGAAAUCGGAAUAUAAUAAAUGGUAUAAGUGGAUAAAGGGAGAGGGUAUCCCGGGAUAUUUGAAGAAGGGUUGGGGAGAAAGUAGAUGGGGAAGGGUGGCGAGAUACAGACUAGGGAACGAGAUAGGAGAGAGCAGAUACUGGGAAGCGGAGGAGAAAAAGAAGUGUAGAUUGUGUGAGAACAAAGAGGAAACGUGGGAGCAUGUAUGGGAAGAAUGUAGAAGAUGGAAUUCAGGAAAGGGAAGCUGGCAGGAGGCGGUAGGAUGGGUCUUGGACGAGGAAGGAAGAGGAGAGGAAUGGAUGCUAGAAUUAGAAGGGGAGAGAAGGAGUGGAAAGGGAGAUUUAGAAGAGGUAGCCAGGAUGGAGCGUGAAGGGAGAAUGAUAGUGGAGGCAGUGGAAGGGAUUGUAGAGGAGAAGUUAAGGAAGAUACUGAGGGAAAAGAAGGAGGAAGACAGAAAAAAGGACGAGAGGAUGGAGGAGCUGGAGGAGAAGGUAAGGAGGCUGGAGAGAAAGAUGGAAAGGGUGGAGCAAGGUGGAGGCAAAAGGAAGAGGGAGGAUAGCGAGGAGAGUAGGGCGGGAAAGAAGAAAUGGUGGGCAGGUGAGGGUGAAAGGAACGAGGACGAUUUCAGAAAGAGGAAUGUAGUUAUAAGAGUGGAGAAAGAGAAAUGGGAAGGAAAGGAGACCAACUGGGAGAAAGUAAAGGAGCUUUUCGAAGAAGGGCUGAAGGUGAAGGUGAAGGUAAGAGAGGUGAUAGUGGUGGGGCAGAGAGGGAUUUGGUUGACGAUACUGGUAAAGCUAGGAGACGAGGAGGAGAAGAGGCGAGUUUUGGAAGCGAGGAGAAGGGCAGGGAACUCCAUAGGAGUCAAAAUACAUGAGGAUAAAUCGGUGGAAAGGAGGGUUAGAGAAAGGGAAGAUGGGAGAAGGGAGGUGCAUAAGUGCACAGGGAGAUCGGCGGAGGAAGAAAUAACGAGAAGGAUGGAGGAGAAGCUGCUCUUGAGUCCAGAGAAGGAGAAGGAGGAGGGACGAGAGAGGCAGCAGACCAAAUAG